CACAACAUACGCCCCCACCAACCUCUCCAGUCCCCACGCGCUCUCUCCCCUGAUUUCAAUCUCCUUUCCACUUCGCUUCCCUCUGAAGAUCAUGGCCAAGCCAUCCGAUCCCUCCCCAUCUCCACGGUUGCUUGCGGCCGCUCUCGUGGCGGUGCUUGUGCUUCUCUCGCCAGAUCAGGCCCAAGUAGCGGAAGCGGUGACGUGCAGCGCCACGGAGCUGAGCUCGUGUGUCUCCGCAAUCACGUCGUCCGCGCCUCCGGCGCUGUGCUGUAGCAAGCUGCGAGAGCAGAGGCCGUGCCUCUGCGGGUACAUCAGGAAUCCGAAUCUGCGGCAGUAUGUCACCUCACCCAACGCCAAGCGGGUUGCGCGCACCUGCGGCGUCCCGUACCCGACGUGCUAAGUCUCCGGAACUGGGAACCUCCACGUUCGAUGCCGAGAGAAUACGAAGAUAAGGACGAGUAUGGUUUACUAGUUAAAUAAGUUGAAAUAAAGAGACGAGCAAGAUUGCCGGAGAGCAAUCUGAUUGCAAUCAGAUGAUGUUGCAAUGAUCUAUAUAGUUGUACUCUAUGAAGUGAAACCCUUAUUUGGUGUUCUACAAUUUGGUGUGCUUUAAAAUUAGUUUAAUUUUUUCUUUA